CUUAGGUAGGGAGAGAAGGAUACAAACCCUGCCACCAUGGCAAUUGACCCCUUUCUCCUUGCCUGCGGCAUCCUCUGCCUCUGCCUCCACCUCCUCCUCCGCCGCAGGCUCCGAUCCACCCGCCGCCUUCCACCGGGCCCGACCGGCUUCCCCGUGCUCGGCGCACUCCCCUUCAUCGGCCCUGCACCGCACUCGGCCCUCGCCGGCCUCGCCAAGCGCUAUGGCCCCAUCAUGUACCUCAAAAUGGGCACCUCCGGCAUCGUCGUGGCUUCCACCCCCGACGCCGCCCGCACAUUCCUCAAGACCCUCGACGUCCAGUUCGCCAACCGCCCCUCCGUCAUCAGCGUCAAGGACAUCACCUACAACAAACAGACACUCGUCUUCGCCGACCACGGCUCUCGCUGGAAGCUCCUCCGAAAGCUCUGCAGCCUCCACAUGCUCGGCGGCAAGGCCUUUUCCAGCUGGUCCCCCGUCCGGCGAGCUGAAGUCGGCCAUCUUCUACGCACCAUGCACGAUUCCAGCCAGAAGUCGCAACCCAUCGUGCUCUCCGAGUUGCUGAUCUGCGCCAUGGCCAACGUUAUAGGGCAGGUGAUGCUAAGCCAGCGAGUGUUCGACUCGCAGGGCCGGGAUUCGAAUGAGUUCAGGGACAUGGUGGUGGAUCUGCUGACCGGGGGAGGGCUGUUCAACAUCGGAGAUUUCGUGCCGGCGGUGGCGUGGAUGGACCUCCAAGGGAUACAAAAGAAGAUGAGGCGACUGCAUGAAAGGUUCGACACGAUGGUCACCAAGCUGUUGGAAGAGCAUGCAGCGUCGGCGAAGGAGAGGGAGGGGAGGCCGGACGUUGUGGAUCUGAUCAUGGCGAAUAGAGAUGAUGCGGCCGUCGGGGAGACGAUCUCCGAUGUCAACGUCAAGGGACUUAUAUUUGAUAUGUUCACUGCUGGCACUGACACAUCCUCCAUCAUAAUUGAGUGGGCGCUUACUGAAAUGCUGAAGAAUCCAAGCAUCCUCAAGCGUGCGCAGUCCGAGAUCGACGAAGUCGUCGGUAGAGAUCGGAGGCUCGAAGAAUCCGACGUACCAAAACUCCCAUACCUACGAGCAAUUUGCAAGGAAGCAUUUCGAAAGCACCCUUCAACACCACUUGGCCUCCCCCACUUCUCGUUCGAAGCUUGCGAGGUUGAUGGUUACUACAUCCCAGAGAACACUAGGCUCCUCGUCAACAUAUGGGCUAUUGGGAGGGACCCAAAUGUGUGGGAGAAUCCACUGGAGUUCGAUCCUGAGAGGUUUCUAAGUGGCAAGGGUGCAAAGAUCGAGCCACUAGGCAAUGACUUCGAGCUGAUACCGUUCGGUGCAGGGAGAAGGAUUUGUGCUGGCAAGCAGGCAGGGUUGGUCAUGGUGCAUUACAUUCUUGGGACUUUGGUGCACUUAUUUGAUUGGAAGCUCCCUGAAGGGGAGGAGUUCAACAUGGAUGAGGCCCCUGGUCUUGCACUUCCAAAGGCUGUGCCUCUGAGGGCAAUGGUUAGUCCGCGCCUAGCACCAGCCCUCUACAUUUGACCUGGUUAAAUUCUAUGGGUUUAUGGCCAAUGGAUGUUAUCUGUUUUUAUUUUUCUUUUUUUUCUUUUUUUUUACCUUCUUGGUGAUAUUAGUAACAUAUGCAAUGUAAAAGAUGGGAGCCAGCCAGCUAACAGCUGCUGGCUGGAAUGCAAUGUGAGAGACUUGUGGUUGUUGAUGCAAA